ACCAAGCUUUCACUCUGCUUUCACUAAACUGCGCAGAGGAGCUCCACUGCCUUUAGGAUUCAGUUUUUGUUCCUCUCUGAGCCUCAGCCUCCUCUUCAGUCUUCAUGUUGGACACAUUUGGGACACAGAGUGUCGGGUUGUCCGGCCCACAUGCRGAGCUUCAGCUCAAACUGUCGGAACCCAAAGGCUGCCUGUCAGGGAUGGACCAGAACACUGGGAAGAAACUGCUGGAUUCAAGUGGACCAGUUUUAUCCAAGAGCAAGUUUCUGGUGGGCUUAGACCUCCUCUGCCUCUUCCUUGUAUCAGUUCCUUUUUUUGCCUGCGAGCUGAAGGCAGUGAGUCCAUACAGAAGGGGCUUCAUUUGUGGAGACCCCAGCAUCACCUAUCCUUACCUACACAGUGAAGUCAUAUCAGACAAAUUACUCAUCGCAGGUGGAAUCAUUAUUGCAGGCCUCAYGAUUACAUUUGGGGAAUGUUUCCGGGUGCGUUUCCGAGGUGUUACUUCCAAAGCUUUUGUCAGGAACCUGUACGUGUCCUGCCUGUAUAAGGAGCUGGGCUGCUUUCUGUUUGGCUGCUUCAUCGGCCAAUCAUUGACCAACAUGGCCAAACUCAGCGUGGGUCGGCUACGACCUCACUUCCUGUCUGUGUGUGGCAUCACCUACGCAUCACUUAACUGCACUCCUGGGACCUACGUUGCAACAGUGACCUGUCCCAGUUCUAAUCCCCAUUUAGUGGAAGAGGCCAGGAAGUCCUUCUUCUCUGGCCAUGCCUCUUUUGCAAUGUACACAAUGCUGUAUUUAGCAUUUUACUUGCAGGCGCGGUUUACAUGGCAGGGGGCUCGAUUACUGAGGCCAAUGAUUCAGUUUUUUGCGGUCCUGCUGGCGGUCUACACAGGCCUGACUCGUAUCUCUGAUUACAGACACCACCCAUCCGACGUGUUAACAGGCUACCUGCAGGGAGCUUUCACUGCUUACUGGGUGGCCUUUUACGUCUCUCCCAUGUUUAAAAGCUCCAGCUCAGACCUGUCUCCCACUGACACACUGGACAGCCCCAUGUCACCUCAUCACACCAUCUGCUAAAGCUCACACCCAUCAACAGAACAUCCAGCUGCCUGAAUCCUGGUCUGAACAGACAGCAGAUCUGAAGAAUGUGAGACAAUUUCCUCAGAAAUCCAAUAACAUACCUCAGCAUUAUGACAGGAAGUGAGAAAAUUAAUGUCUGCAACUCAGAAGAGAAAGAAACACAAACUGAAUAUGACUUGAUAGAAAGAGACUGAAUACCUGCUUGUAGAGUUUGUUUUAUGUAAACAGGCUGAGCACUUUUAUCCUUGUGACUUAUCCCUUGUGAGAUCAAACUGAACACAGAAACCACAGAACACUGUACUUAACUUGUAAAUAUUUCCUUUUUUAUAACUUUAUUCAUACUUUAAAUGCACUUUUACAUUUUCAUGUUAGUUUUUAUAUUUAUCCCACAGAACUGAAUAGAAUGCAAUAUAUAUUUAUAUGAAUAUAAAUACAUUUAUUAUUUAACUAUUUUUGACAAAAACUUGUUGAAUGUUGAUGAAUGGAAGCAGAAAUAGAACUGAAACUGACUUUUCUAAAUUAUGGUAUCAAUAGAUGUCAUUAAAUUUUUCAUUUCUUUGUAUUUAUGUGUGAUAAAACACACAAUGAAACAAUACUAUAAAUUUUAAUGUCUUUCUGAGAAAUUUGUUGAUUAAACAAUUUGUAGAAUGAUUAAAAUCUAUCUCUGAUGUAUU